AAACAGGGCGAAAAGUUGAAGAGGAUCUGAACCCGAGCCUCGCGCCUCCUUUUUAUCUGUUCCCCGGAGGAGCAGCCUGAAUGUUCGUGCGCACGUGAGUCGGCGGAGCUCAGGUGAAUGUUCAGUAUGAUGAUGGAGACGGACCUGCACUCCCCCGUGCUGCCCCAGACCAACCCGUCCCACCCGGGGGGACACGCUGGGGGAGGAGGCGGCGGCAAAGUCCCGCAGGAAAGAAUCAAGAGACCCAUGAACGCCUUCAUGGUGUGGUCCCGGGGCCAGCGGAGGAAGAUGGCCCAGGAGAACCCCAAGAUGCACAACUCCGAGAUCAGCAAGCGGCUGGGCGCCGAGUGGAAGGUGAUGACGGAGGCGGAGAAGAGGCCGUUCAUCGACGAGGCCAAGCGGCUCCGGGCCAUGCACAUGAAGGAACACCCGGACUACAAGUACCGGCCGCGCCGGAAGACCAAGACGCUCCUGAAGAAGGACAAGUACUCUCUGGCCGGCGGGCUGCUCGGCUCCUCCGCGGCCGUCGGGAUGAGCGGCCAGCGGCUGGAGAGCCCCGGCGGGGGCCUCGUGGGGGCCAACACGGGCUACGCUGCGCACGUGAACGGCUGGGCGAACGGCGCGUAUUCCGGCCAGGUGGCGGCGGCGGCGGCUCACGCAAUCAUGCAGGAAGCGCAGCUGGCGUACACGCAACACCCGGGCAACGGGGCGCACUCGCACCACCCCCCGCACCAUCACCCGCACCACCACCACCCGCACAACCCGCAGCCCGUGCACAGGUACGACAUGAGCGCGCUCUCUUACAGCCCCAUCUCGAACUCUCAGAGCUACAUGAGCGCGUCCCCUCCGGGCUACGGCGGGAUCACCGGCUACACCCACCAGCACCAGAGCUCCCCGGUGUCCGGAGCCAUAGGCGGGACUCUGGGCUCGCUGGUGAAGUCUGAGCCCAGCGUCAGCCCCCCGGUGUCCACGGCGCGCGCACCUCCGCCGCCGUGCUCCACGGGGGACCUGCGGGACAUGAUCAGCAUGUACCUGCCGGGCGGGGAUCCGGCGGGAGGAGACUCGGCGUCCGUGCAGGGCAGACUGCACGUGCUGCACCCGCAGUACUACCAGAGCAGCGGCUCGGCUCCGGUCAAUGGCACCGUCCCGCUGACCCACAUCUGACUGUGUAAAUGUAACCGACCGAAUGUUUGCUGCUGACGUGUAAAUUAAAGGCCAUAAAAAUGC